GUGCAUUAAUAAUUUCAGAAUCAGCGGGUGAUUCACGCGAGUAGGAUGCGAGGGACAUGAAGAAAAGGGGAGGGGCGGGGACGCGGAAAACACUCGGCCCACUUCGCUCAGUUUUUCUUCAGUUUUAGUUUUAAUUAUUCUUCAUUUGAGUUUUGUACUAAAAUAGGAGGGACAAAACCAAUUUUAAUAUUAAUGCUGAACAAUGGGUAAUUAAGGAUUCGCAAUUGAGAACGGAAACCGCUCAGCGUAGAGGUCUACGAAGUGCUACGGACACAUCACUUGUACUUAGCAACUUGAAAGUGCCUACUCGAGUCAUACGGAACCAACAAAGUCUACGUGUCUAUGUGUUAAUCAUGUAACUCAGUAAAAACGUACGGCCCUGUCAGUCUAUUCAAUUACACUGGACAUGUCUGGCUCCAGCGAUCAUGAACUAGAUGUAACAGACAUAAUUCAAUAUUCAAGCAAACAAUAUUUUGAGAUAUUCAAAAACAUGUUCUGGUCGGAUGAUAUAACGAUAAAAUUAGAUUAAUUCAUGUUUGUAAACAUAAAGAAGUCAACUCGGGAGGAUUAGUUCAAAGAGUUAGUAGAAGUUCAUUGUUAAGUUCAGUCGGUUGGCGGCACCGACAUCGGGUGCGCUGUGCCAGGGACCGACAGGAAUCCACCAGGAAGUAACUGGACCAGGGCGCUAUACUGGGUUCUGCCUUGGCGCCAUUCGUUAGACCCUACACUACUAAGGGUUUCGCCAAAUUUUUGGUCAAAACAAAUAAAAGAGCGGCGCGGUGUUAAGACGGGCGUGUCUAUAAAAGGUUGAGAGGGGGGUGCGCGGGGGUGGUAACACGAUCCGCGAGCUCCAGGCAAGCGGCCGCCCUGGAGAGGGGAGCGCGAGGGGGCAUCAGCGCGCGCGCCGCCCGCUCCCGCUCUCACUAGUCGAACGGUGCCCGACCGGUAACGUAGCGCCGACUGCCGACCGAGACACGAACACCGAACAUGUCUGCCAUGGCGAAGACUUCCAAGUACACCUACCGCAGCAGCGGCGGGGGCACCACCGACGUUAACAUCGAGUACUCCGCCGACCUGAGUGCUCUCUCCAGGCUGGAGGACAAGAUUCGUCUCAUCCAAGAUGAUCUGGAAUCCGAAAGAGAGCUGCGUCAGAGGAUUGAAAGAGAGAAGGCAGAUUUGAGCGUGCAAGUGAUUCAACUGUCUGAGAGGCUUGAGGAAGCUGAAGGCGGAGCCGAGAGCCAGUUCGAGAUCAACAGAAAGCGUGACACCGAACUCCUCAAGCUACGCAAACUACUGGAAGAUGUCCAUUUGGAGUCAGAAGAGACCGCCCAUCUGCUCAAGAAGAAGAACCAAGAGAUCGUAAUCGACUUCCAGGAACAAAUCGACCAGCUUACCAAAACUAAAGCCAGGGCUGAGAAGGAGAAGUCCAAGUUCCAAGCUGAAGUUUACGAGCUGUUGGCCCAAGUCGAGAACGUGACCAAGGAGAAGAUCACCAUCUCCAAGACAUGCGAGAGGCUCGAGAUCACCAUCAGCGAACUCCACAUCAAAAUCGAGGAACUGAACCGCACCAUUGUGGACAUCACUUCCCACAAGCAGCGUCUGUCCCAAGAGAACAUCGAGCUCGUUAAGGAAGUUCAGGACCUCAAGGUCAACAUUGAGAACGUAGUUUACCUGAAGAGUCAGAUCGCCAGUCAACUCGAAGACUCACGCCGCAGGCUUGAGGAUGAGGAGAGAAGGCGCUCUCUGCUUGAGGCCAGCCUGCACCAGGUUGAGAUCGAUUUGGAAUCCGUUCGCGUCCAACUGGAAGAGGAGUCCGAAGCUCGUCUGGACCUCGAACGUCAGCUGGUCAAGGCUAACGGUGAGAUCGGACACUGGCGCUCCAAGUUUGAGGCAGAGGCUGCUGCCAGGGCUGAGGAAAUCGAGGAAAUCCGUCGCAAGUACUCCAUCCGCAUCCAGGAACAGGAGGAGCAAAUCGAGACCCUCAUCGCGAAAAUCAACAACGUUGAAAAACAGAAGUCUCGUCUGCAGAGCGAGGUCGAAGUCCUCAUCAUCGACUUGGAGAAGGCAAACGGUACUGCUCGGGAGCUUCAGAAGAGGACCGAGCAGCUGGAGCGCGUCAACAUCGAGAUCAAGUCCCGUCUCGAGGAGACCGUGCAGUUGUACGAGCAAACCCAGCGCGACCUGCGCAACAAACAAACAGAACUCCAGCGCGUCUCCCACGAACUCGACAAGACCCGCGAACAGAAAGACGCCCUCGCCCGCGAAAACAAGAAAAUGGGUGAUGACUUGCAUGAUGCUCGCGCGAACAUCACCGAGUUGAACCGCCGUCUCCACGAGCUCGAAAUCGAGUUGCGCCGUCUUGAGAACGAGCGAGAGGAACUCACUGCCGCCUACAAGGAGGCCGAAGCUGGCCGCAAGGCUGAGGAACAGCGCUCACAGAGAUUGACGGCUGAGUUCGGCCAGUUCCGUCAUGAGGCUGAGCGUCGUCUGCAAGAGAAGGAAGAAGAAAUCGAAGCCAUCCGCAAGCAGACAAGCAUCGAAAUCGAACAGCUGAACGCUCGCGUCGUGGAAGCCGAGACUAAAUUGAAGUCUGAAGUCACACGCAUCAAGAAGAAGUUGCAAAUCCAGAUUACUGAACUGGAACUCUCUCUUGAUGUGGCCAACAAGACCAACAUUGACCUCCAGAAGACCAUCAAGAAGCAGUCUCUGCAGCUUACUGAGAUCCAGACCCACUACGAUGAGGUCCAGAGGCAGUUGCAGGUGACUCUCGACCAGUACGGAGUCGCCCAGCGCAGGAUACAGUCACUCACCGGAGAGGUUGAGGAGAUUCGUGGCAACUACGAGCAGGCCCUACGCGUUAAGCGCUCAGUCGAGCAGCAAUACGAGGAAUCUCAGACUCGCGUCAACGAGCUGACUGUUAUCAACGUGAACCUGUCAAGCAGCAAGGCUAAGAUAGAACAGGAACUGGCUAUCGUCGCCGCCGACUACGAUGAGAUCACCAAGGAACUCCGCAUCGCCGAUGAGAGAUACCAGCGCGUACAGACUGAGCUGAAACACACUGUCGAGCAUCUGCAUGAGGAACAGGAGAGGAUCGUCAAGAUCGAGGCCGUCAAGAAGUCUCUUGAAAUCGAAGUCAAGAACAUCUCUGUCCGUCUGGAAGAAGUCGAAGCCAACGCUAUUGUUGGUGGCAAGCGUAUCAUCAGCAAGCUCGAGGCUCGCAUCAAGGACAUGGAGCUGGAGCUGGACGAAGAGAAGAGGAGACACGCUGAAACCAUCAAGAUCCUCCGCAAGAAGGAGCGUCAACUUAAGGAGGUCAUCAUUCAGUGCGAGGAGGAUCAGAAGAACAUCUCUCUCCUCCAAGAUUCUUUGGAGAAAACCUCCCAGAAAGUCAGCAUCUACAAAAGGCAGUUGGCUGAACAAGAGGGCAUGUCGCAGCAGAGCGUGACCCGUGUCCGACGAUUCCAGCGUGAAUUGGAAGCCGCCGAAGACCGCGCCGACGUCGCCGAGAGUAACCUCUCCCUCAUCCGCGCCAAGCACCGCACUUUCGUCACCACCUCCACUGUCCCCGGCUCCCAGGUCUAUCUGGUCCAGGAGUCCCGCGCCCUCAGCAGUGAGCGCUUGUGAACACGCUAACUAACAUCGCAACCGCAAAGCAAGCGCCCCACGCACACCCCGCCACAGCAUUUCUCUCAUCAGUCAAUAAGGGGGCGUAAUUCCGGUCGGGUAUAAGCCUAGUCGUUCGUUAAGUGAUUAAAUGUAUUGAUAGAUGGCGCUACUAUUCUUUCGGGUUCAAUAACGCCAUCUGUUGUUUUGUGCUCUGAGUAGGGACGGGCGCUCGGCGCGACGGCUCGCCCUAACGUUGCCGUGUCUCCACACUGGCCAAACGCCGACCGCUCGUCCCGCUUACAUUUUAUAAAUUAUUAUGUAAUACUAAUUCAACCAAAUAAAGGAACCAAAAAUAUUUAAGCUUUUUUUUUUUCAAUAUUUUUCUAUUGUAAGGCCACCGGAACGAUUGACUACGAUGUCGCUAUGUACCGUACUAUAGGUGGGUACCUACAGUAGUCUAAAGUAAAUAACUAUUUUAUAUUACUAUUUAUUAAUGGUGCAUUGCGUAUUGUACGUUUGUAACUGUAACUUUUAUUAAAUAAAAAUAAAUGCUAUUUAUGUUAAACAAACAAAAAAAAGCAAUAAAACUUCAAAAAGUA